UGUUUACAGAUAACACUCCGGUCUAUUUGAGUUUGGAAGCUGAAGGUAUCUUUUUCAAUUAAGAUCUGUCAGACUUCUGUAAACAGCAGAAAUGAGAUUGGCGUGUACUGCAAACCACAAGUCACAUCGAGCUCCACAUCUCUUGGGAAGCGUAAGGAGUCAAUGACUUGCUGGCCCUCAUUAUGAAGCAAGAUCUGGUUUUCUCCGUCACUCUGGUCUUCCUGACAUUGUUGGCAUCUGGAUAUUCUCAACAUAUAACGGAGGAGGCUUGUUCUGUGCAGAUACUUGUGCCUGGUCUGAAAGGUGAUGAUGGUGAGAAAGGAGAAAAGGGUGCCCCGGGAAGACCAGGAAGAGUUGGCCCACCUGGUGAAAAAGGAGAAAUGGGUGAUAAAGGAAUGAAGGGAAGCAUGGGCCGCCAUGGGAAAAUUGGCCCUAUUGGCUCCAAAGGUGAAAAGGGAGAUGUUGGUGAAAUGGGUCCACCUGGGCCAAAUGGAGAUCCAGGCAUCCCCUGUGAGUGUGGACAUCUUAGAAAAGCUGUUGGCGAGAUGGAUAUCCAAGUGGCCCAACUGACAACAGAACUGAAAUUUAUAAAAAAUGCACUGCCCUCCCCCGCAGUUGUUGCCGGAGUGCGUGAGACAGAUAAUAAGAUCUACCUACUUGUGAAGGAAGAAAAGAAGUACAUUGAUGCCCAAGCUUACUGCCAAGGCAGAGGCGGGACACUCAGCAUGCCAAAAGACGAGUCUACCAACAGCCUGAUUGCCUCAUACAUUAACCAAGCUGGCCUCAACAGAGUCUUCAUUGGGAUCAAUGACUUGGAAAAGGAAGGCCAUUUUGUAUAUUCUGACCGAUCCCCGUUGCAGACCUUCAACAAAUGGCGCCAGGGAGAACCUAACAAUGCAUACGAUGAAGAGGACUGUGCUGAAAUGGUUUCCUCUGGAGGAUGGAACGAUGUUCCUUGCCUCAUUACAAUGUAUUUUAUUUGUGAGUUUGAUAAAGAAAGCUUGUAAUUUUGCUUCUUUUAAAGCAAUCCUGUAUUCCAAAAACACUUUAUGUUGACCAGUAUAGCAGAAAAAUGUCUAUGCACUGAGUUGAUAUUUUAAAACAUUUUUUUAAUUAUUAUUAUUUUCUAAAACCAACGUGCCUUUUAACUCGUAUGUUAAUCUGAAAUACCUCCCCUUCACUGGUUAUAAAGGAUUCGAAGACAUUAGGGAACAGCCAAUCAAAGGAAAGAUGUUGUUGCCAAGACUAAUCUUAGGUAUGAAUGUUUUCUUGUUUUUGCACAUUUUAAAGGAACAGCCGCAUCAUUUAAAAAAAAAAAAAAACAUUAAUGGCCACAUAAACUAUGCCUCAUUCAAUUUAAUGGCAUGUUAGCAUGCCGUCAUACCUGGGAACACUCAGGGGUUUUGCCCCAAUCUUAGGAUCUCAGGGGGGAGGGGCAGAUUCUCAGGGAGCUGACGUCUUCCCAUUCCAAUUGGUGCUUUUGCUGCCAGUGUUAAAGUUGAUAUCCCUUCUUGAAUGCAGGUGACUCAAUUAAAUGUAUAAAAGUUUCCAUUAGAAAUUGCAUUAGAGUCAUUUGCUUAACAUAUUUGGUGAGUAACUACACAGAAGCUUCACAAUAUACUUUUAAAGGGUUAAUAUUUCAAGAGUCUCUGGGUCAGCUCAUUAGGAAAGUUCCCAGGUAUGAUUACCAGGCAAUGUACCCCGAUGUGCCAUGGUCAGUGAUUCGGCCAUGACUGCUUCUAUAAUUUAAGGUUAUUUUCUGUUAAAUUAUAUACAAUCCACAGUAAUGCAGGUACUUAUUGAGCUCUAAGACAGAGAAGAAGAAGUAUAUUACUACACAUAAAUUAUUGCGCGAUAAACAAUUUAACAUGUUGGAGCGAUGCAAGUUAUUGUGGGGUUAAAAGGACAAUGUAUCUUGUAUAUGGACAUUCAGCAAUAUAGCAGAACAAACAAAGAAACAAUACAAUAGUGUAAUAUUAUCACAGCUAAAUAUUAUUGGUUGUGCUUAAUCUAUGCACGCACAUACUCCUCAAAGAUGUUUUGCCCAUUAAAGCUUCGACCAGGCGAUAUCUAUCUAGUAAAGGAAGUUUCUGUUCAUGAAGCUAUGUGUCUGGAGAGACCCUCUUGAGAACUUGUUUAUUUUUUUAAAGGACGCCAUCUUGUGAGAGGCAAAAUCUCUUGCAGCGGCGCUUGUGACCGCUCUCGACAGCGAGGCAUUCAGCGACACCUCCUAAGGUCUUUUAAAUCAAGCGUCCACCAUCAUACAGUAAUGCAAUGGCAUGCCAGGCACGUCAUUGGUCGUUAACUGACUGUUUUUGCAUGACAUGCCUGGUGGUAAAGGGGUUCAAGUGUUUUCUGUAAAUUAUAAGCCAUCUAUGAAUAUACAAAGCUUUCUUUUCAAGGUUACAAACCCCUCUCUUAUCUCACAAGCAAACAAAAGUGGUAUGUAGAUUUAUUUCUGUCCAGUUACGAGUUUCAAGUCAUGUUUGUUUUUGAUGUAACUGUAUGUCUGAUUAUUUGUUUUUCAUAUUCGUCCUUUUUAUUUAGUUCUACUGUGUUGGUGUAAAUGUCUGUGUUGGAACUUGAUAUGUGCAUUAAACAUCUGUGAGAAAAGAAA